AUGACUCUCCGGAAUAUCGGGCUCGUCAAACCAUCUGCGAGAGAACUCGAAGAACACUUGAAAGAGUUGUUCCCUCAGAAGUCUAGCGACUUCCUGGAAAUCAUUGGCCGCAUGGAACAGGUUGUCACGAAGCUAAUCGUGAAGCUAGACGUCGAUUCCAGCGGCAAACCGUAUUGGGCGGCCAGCUCGCCCGAGCGGGCCAACUGGGAGUGGCGACGAGUCAAACGCAGCUUCGGACGACGGGAACGACAGCAGCUCGUGGAUGAGUUGCAGUACUGGAAUACCUCGCUGAAGAAUGUCUUCGAGAAGGCGGAGGUAGUUUCAGACGAGUCUGAUCCGCUCGUCGAAGAGAUCCAAGCAAGAUCCAACCCAAAGCACUGUGACACAGUACGACGCAAUGCCAGGAUCUUCCACGAUGCACUCGCCAAAUCAUGGGAGUGUACAUGCAAGGAGGGCCAUGAUGGGCGACUCCAGCUGAACUGGCAUGAUGAGAAGGUCCCAACGUCAGACUCUUUCGGACUGCUUCUGCCGACGUCGGGCCCUCACAGCAGAUGGUGUCACAUCUCCGUGAAAAUGGAGGAAACGUCACAGAAAUCUGCUGCAGGAUGGAAGGAGGAGUGGAAAGACAACUUGAGGUCUCUCGACUUAGAGCUUCUCAACCUGACGUUGAACGGGAAAUCAGGUAAGCCAGAAGCCUUUGCGAGCUGUUUGGACUCCGAAGACUGCAAGCGCGUGCUGACUACCCGUGACUCGUACAGCUCCUCCAAGCCUUGA